AUGCAUACUGUUUCGGGUCUACCCCUCUUUUUCGUGGUGCCAUGGGUGUUUGUUAGAGCCUUGCUUGAGGAUACACUCUGCUGGACCACCAAUGAGAAUUCCUACUUCUUUCAGCUGAUCAAAGGCCCCACCACUGCCUCUAUCCUCGUGAACCUAAUCCUCUUCAUCAACAUAGUGAGGGUGCUUAUGUCCAAACUGCAAGCUUCUAUCUGCGAGGAGACCAGGAGAUUCAGGUACAGGAGGUGGGCUAAGUCAACGCUGGUGCUGGUGCCGCUGUUUGGUGUCCACUAUGUCGUGUUCCUCACCAUUUCCUACCUGGGCAUCAAAGGCAAGGUAGAGCUUAUUUGGCUGUUCAUUGACCAGCUGUUCGCCUCCUUCCAGGUCCGCACUGAGUUUGGGGCCCAAGAAGUGGCGACGUCUAUCUUGGGGUUCGAGGGGCUGCCGACCACCGCGCCUCCCUCCCUCUCAACUCCCUCCAGCCGCCCUGCCAAGCGAUCCUAUUUGGGCACGGUCUUCAGCCGACGCCGUCGCCGCUUCCGCUCCCACGAGAAACGGCUACAAGAGAGGAA